CCCCCCGCGCCCCCGGCGCCUCUCUCUCUCUCUCUCUCUCUCUCUCUCUCACACGCUGUCUCUUUAUUUAUUUAUUUUUCUAUUUUUAAUUCACCUGAUAAUUUGGAGGUGAGUUUACCCUUUUAGCCUUGUUUUGAACCUCGGUGCUGACGGGGCAUGCACCCAAAACGACGCCAUGAGUACCAAAACGAUGCGACUUCCUCCGCGUCGCGUUUUGACGCCGAAAGUCAUUGAUAAGAAACGCAAAGAGAGGGAGGGACUCGGGUUGGGCGCCCUCGAACCCUCAUCGAAGCCGUCGAGGUCGAAACCAGCCGGAUGUGUCGAUGAUCCGAUCCCUUCUAACCGACUUCUGGCCGGGUAUCUUGCCCACGAGUUUCUCACGAGGGGUACGCUACUCGGUCUACCGUGGGAUCCGGCCAAAAAAGAGGCGGUUCCGGUGUCGGGGAGAGGGAAGCAGAGGGAUGACGGUGAAGCGGAGCCGAGCGGUGGAGCGGAGCGACGACGAGGACGACGACAAGUGGAAGAUCACCAAAGGUACGUGGAAUUAGCGAAUUUACUCAAAACGAGUGGGGCCCACAUGCCGGGCAUUGUGAACCCCACCCAGCUCGCUUGCUUCUUACAGUUACAGUUGUAGUUCAUGCCCAUUUGCUUCGUUUAUUUUCUUCUUUUAUUAUUGUAAAUUUGUAAUUAGGCAAAUUGAAUCUCUGUCCUCCUCA